UGAAUCCCUGCCGCUUGUUUAAUUACAGCAGCACUUCRCCAGGCAGCGAGAUGGGUGCAGGCACACCUCUGCCAGGCCUCCAUUGGCUGUGAACCCGUCAGGCUGGCCUGGCUGCGCUCAGAGGGCAUUUCAAAGCGAUAAAUAGCAGGGCUUGGAGCAGUGGGGAAUGAUUUCCACCUGCCAGAGCUGCGGGCUGGAGCCAGGCAGUCCUGAAAGCGCAGCGUGCCGCUGGAGGAGGCGCCGAGGAAGGCGUUCAUUGCCAUGAACUCCGUGAGUAAAGGCAGCGUGGGUGGCAUGGCCGGCUGCGUGCUCCAGAUCACCGGGCUCAUCUUGGGCGGCGUGGGCAUGCUGGGCACGCUGGCGGCCACCGCCAUGCCCCAGUGGAGGGUGUCAGCCUACGUGGACGGCAACAUCGUGGUGUUUGAGAGCGUCUGGGAGGGGCUGUGGAUGGACUGUGUCAGCCAGCUGGGARUUCGGCUGCAGUGCAAGCUCUACGACUCGCUGCUGGCACUGCCGCCGCCGCUCGACGCCUUCCGCGCGCUCAUGUGUCUGGCGGCGGGGCUGGGCGUGCUCGCCUUCCUGGCGGCCAUCGUGGGCGUCAAAUACACACAUGGCAGCGAGGAUGGACCAAAGGGUGCCAGCGUCUUCAUCCUGGUGGCCGGCGUGGCCUUCCUGCUGGCGGGCGGCCUGGUGCUGGUGCCGGUGUCCUGGACGGGCGGCAGCAUCGUUCGCGAUUUCUACGACCCCGAGGUGCCCGCGCCGCUCAAACGGGAGCUGGGGGCAGCGUUGUACGUGGGGUGGGCCAGCAGUGCCCUGCUGAUGGCUGCUGGGGCCAUGUACUGCCACUUGUGGUGCUGGGCAGACACGGCCACCAAGGCCAUGUACCCACGGCUGUCCCGAGCCCGGCUGCCCYCGGCCCCGGGGCUCCACGCCUACGUGUAGCUGUGCCCGUGCCCACGGGGCUGGGAGGGCUCUGGACUGCUCAAAACCUCCAGGAUUGUCUCGUUCCAUGGCCAGGGACGCCUCCUGCUAGCCAGGUUGCUCAAAACCUCCAGGAUUGUCUCAUUCUGUGGACAGGGACGCCUCCUGCUAGCCCAGGCUACUCAGCACCUCAAGGACCAUCUCA